CAUACGUCCUCUUCUCUGUCUGUCUCUGGUUAUUUUCUCCUCUCGUUUGGUUUGGAUAUGGCGACGAGCAGCAGAGAAGCCCGGCGACGUCGUAUAGUUGACGGGAGUUCCGAUCGGCUGGCUCUCAUCACCGGCAAAAUCAAAACCCUACCUUCUUCUUCUUCGUCCACGGAUUCAAAUCACUCCCACAACGCCUCUUGCCCUCCCACCAUUUUUGAGGACUUUAAUAUCGAUUCACCAAUCAGUGGCAAUGAAUCUUCCCCUUUUCUUGCAAAGAAUGACACCAGAGGUAAGCAACCAGUUUUACGCAAAUGUGAGACAAGCAUCGAAACAGCAAGGCCUUCUUUGGAACCAAAUGACACCUCAUCAUCUUCACUACUUUCAUCAAAACCCAAUUCCGCCAUUUACAAGUUCUUCUCCCCAAGUAAAAUAAGUUUCGCCGUCGCAACUUCAGAAACAGUUCGGUUCUUCUGUUCAAUGGUCUUUGCAAUUUUGCCUGUUUUGUCUCACAAUGGAUUUCCCAUACUAGGCAACAGUUUCAUCAAAAGUAUAAUAGUAUUCAGACCGUUCUAUCUUCUUCUUCUUACAAACACUACGAUUGUGGUUUCACGACUUGUGUUAGACAGUCAGAGGGGAUCAUCAUCAUCGGUCAAGACUGAUCAACAAGAAAAUGAUCAUGUGCCUUCAGCUGGUGAAUUUGACUUGGCUGAACAGAUUGGUAAGACUUUGGAACUUGGUUUCGUAUUGCAGAAUGUUGUGGGUGCGAUAUUCAUUGAUUUUAGUGUCUAUGCGACGGUAGUAAUUUGCAUCAACUCAUUUACACAAGCGGUGGGCUUGUAAAGUUUUGAUUUUAUGAAUAAAAUGUAUCAUUUUUCACAAGUUUUUUUUGGUCUCAAACCAAAUGAGAAGUUAUAUUAGCCAAGUCUGGUUGGCCUUAACUUUAAUGUUAAUCUUUUAUAUGUUUUGUUGCUGUGUUUUAAAGCAUAUAAAAAUAUGCAUGCAAUUUGUUCAUUUAAUUUGACAAUUCUUUUGGUUCACUUGUUGCUUCAGAAUGAAUAAAAUGUAUCAUUUUAC